AUGGAGCGAUUCUACAGGCGGAGAAACUUCAGCCGACCAUUGCAGACAACACCUUUGCUGAUAUCGAAUACAGUUUACCGACGAUGUGCCGUACUGGCAGGUGGACACUUUUAUUUCGAUUUUCAGAAGCCCAUCACCUUUUGGCGGUGGGGUGGCCAGGACAUCAGGAUCUUUGGCUCCGGGGUCAUGAACGGCAAUGGACAGCGUUGGUACAAUGAGUUUGCCGGUUUCAUAGACACUGACAAAUUCCAGGACUCUAACAACAAGUACUACCGACCUAUCCUCUUCGUGACUGAUAAUGCCACUCGACUCUCAGUUGAAGGCAUUGCACAGCUCAAUUCGCCCUGCUGGACCAACUUCUUCGUUCGCACCAAGGACGUCUUGUUUGAUAAUGUUUACAUCAAAUGCUUACUCGACCAACGCAUCUGUAAGUGGGACAGCCUCUCCGGAGCGAGCCAAGUACUACCACCGUUCAAUCAGGCCCUUCCUAAGAACACUGACGGCUUUGAUUCCCUCAAUGUUGACGGCUUGUCCGUCACCAACGCCCGGGUUGAUAUUGGCGACGGCAGCUUCUCGCCAAAGCCCAACACCACCAACAACUUCGUGCAGAAAUUGUGGUGCAACAAUACACACGGUGUGAGCAUGGGAAGCAUCGGCCAGGAUCGCGGCGUUUUGGACAUGAUUGAGUAUGCAUACAUUGAGAAUGUGAUACUGCUGAGCGGCGAAUAUUACUUCAAAAUCGAUGCAGCGGGAUGUGCCUCAUUCUCAUCAAAGUUCAAUGUCACUAACAUCAACUUUGAGAACAUAUCAGGCACGUCUUCCGGGAAACAGGGCAAGGUCGUGGCUGACCUAACCUGCUCGCCGAAUGCCGUGUGCUUGGACGUUCACUUGAAGAAUAUCAACCUGUCGAGUCCUGCAGGUGACCUACCAGUGAUCAUCUGUGAUGGAAUUCAGGGGGAUAUUGGGGUUGAGUGCCAAUAUUCUUCCACUAGUUCAACAACCAAGCGCACGACUGGACUGGCCAGCGGUUAA